AUGAUUUUGCUCCUCAAUCCCAAACCUUUCCUCAAUGGAUUAACAGGAAAGCCAGUGAUGGUGAAACUUAAGUGGGGAAUGGAGUACAAAGGCUACCUGGUAUCUGUAGAUGGCUAUAUGACCAUGCAGCUUGCAAACACAGAAUACAUAGAUGGAGCCUUGUCUGGACACCUGGGUGAAGUUUUAAUAAGAUGUAAUAAUGUUCUUUAUAUCAGGGGUGUUGAAGAAGAGGAAGAAGAUGGAGAAAUGAGAGAAUAG